UAGAUAGAAUACUAGACUUGAUAUAAUUAUGAGAUUACGGAAGUAAAAAAUGGCGUGGCCUCUGAUUCGAUAAGUUCAAUUACCAAGUCACGAAAAAAAAAAAAUUGUUAUUUUCUAGUUACAUAAAGUUGCAAAGUUAUUAUUUAAAUAAAAAAAUCGUCAACGUACACAAGAGGAGAGCAAGGUUAUGAAAAAAAUUUUGGAGUCAUCAAUAAUAAUAUUAGACGUUAUUGUAACAGCGUAAUAUUUAUUGUCAUAAUGCAUGAAUUUGUGCUGGCUGCAUUUUCUGUAAUCUCCAGUUUAAUAAUUGUUUUUGUCCUCGUGUUGUUGGGUGAGAAUCAACAAAUCCAACUUUUAUUCUAGUUGGUAUCUCGUUUGGAAAUUUUUCCUCUCCCGAUUUCGGUUCGUACGUGAGCUUCUUGGUGGCAUGAGCGAAUCAUCAUCAGUUAAUGAUUUAAAAACUGGCCGGUCACGUAUGAAAAAACUUCGACGCGACUAAAAAAAAAAACAAUUAAAUCAAAUUGAUAAAAUUGUUUUCUUAAAAUAAAUACAUAUUUUAUAUAAUUAUAUUUUACCUGAACUAUUAUAGUAAUUAUAAAAUAUAUAUUAUAUUUUAAUUAAAAUUAAUUUAUAAGUACAAGUAUAAAUAAUAUUUAUAAAUAAUGGCAAUUAAUAUACGAUGUGCGAAUACAAAUGAUCUUCUUAACAUUCAACACUGCAAUCUUCAAUGUCUACCAGAAAAUUAUCAGAUGAAAUAUUACCUCUAUCACGCGUUAUCUUGGCCGCAGUUGAGUUACGUCGCAGAAGACGAGAAAGGCCGAAUUGUCGGCUACGUGUUGGCAAAAAUGGAAGAAGAUUGCGAGGAUAAUCCUCACGGACAUAUCACGAGUCUGGCUGUCAAAAGAUCCCACCGAAGACUCGGAAUAGCACAGAAGCUAAUGAACCAGGCCUCCAGGGCAAUGGUUGAAUGUUUCGAAGCCAAUUAUGUAUCAUUGCACGUAAGACGCAGCAACAGAGCAGCUUUGAAUCUUUAUACGAGCAGUCUGCAAUUUGAGGUGUCCGAGAUAGAACCGAAAUAUUACGCCGAUGGCGAGGAUGCGUACGCAAUGAAACGUGAUCUCAGUAGCUUUCAUCAAGAAAAAAAUUCAGCUAAAGAAAAUAUGAUAAAAGAUGCAAACUCGACACCGCAUACACAUACGGGACGGUGCUGUGAUCAUUAAUUCCUUUUUUUAUGCUAAAGGCUCUUUCAUACCAACAAAAAAAAUAAAGUAAUAAACAAUGAAAGUUGUUUUGAGUUAAAUAUUGAGGACAUUCUCAGACCCCUUUUUAAAAUUUUUGAUGACUGACCUGUGAUGAAUAUCGAAGUUUUGUUAAUUAAAAUAAAAUUGAGGACAUUCUCAGAUAGUGUCUCCAUUUUUUAAAAAUAUUUAAUGACAAUUUGUAGUGACCACAGUAAAAUUUUGAUGAUUAAUUGAAAAAAUGUUGAAGUAUUAAUGGAAAAAAAUACAGUUACAAUUUCGCCGGUAGAUUUAAAAAAAAAUUUAGUAAAUAAAUUUUAAAAUUCAAAUCCGAAUUGACAUGAUUUUACUGAAAUUUAUUUUUAAAAUUUCAUUUAAUUUCUGAUUGAUGUCAACUGUAAAUAAUUUUUUUAAAAUCUGUGAAAUUGUCAUUCUUAAAUUAAUGCUUUAAUUUUAUAAUUAAUUAUCAAAAUUUUACUACGGUCAUAAGAAUUGAGCCGUUAGAUAUUUUAAAAGUGGGGGUACGGUCUGAGAAAAAAUAACUUACAGUUGACAUCAAUUGCGAGUUCAACAAAAUUUGGAAAAUUAAUUUCAGUAAAAUCUUCGGAUUCCAAUUAUCAAAUUUUGUAGGCUAAAAUUUAUUUAUCAAAUUUUAUUCACUUCCUCAUUGAUGACAAUUGCAAUUAAUUUUUUUAAAAAUUCAAAUCUCAGCAAAAUUUCAACUCUUUUUUUGAAUUAAUCCUUUAAUUUUUUAAAAUUAAUUAAUAAAAUUUGAAUGCAGUCAUUGGAAAUUUUAAAAAAGUGGAGGGCAUCUGAAAAUGUCCUUAAGCAUCGAGACCAAUGAUUAAGAAUUGAACUCUGGUUAAAACUUUUAUUGUCAUGAAUUAAUUGGUAAAUGUAUAUUAUCAUUUCAUUUAUUAUUUGUCUUCAAUAAAUCUGUUUAUUAUCA